AUAGAAGAGGGGGGUGGUUUGGGCGUUCUUUGUAUCAUGGGUUGAAAUUGGACGAAUAGAAAGCCGUCCCCUUACAAAUCAACGGUCUUUCUUGUCCUUUCGAGCUUUGAAGGAGAAAAAAAUAAAAAUCUCCUGCUUAUCCAGGGCUGAAGAUACCGAGAAUCGGCGAUCGGAGGCCAGAAAUGGCAUUGGAGCCUCCUCCUUUCCAGGAAGCAGAUCGUUGUGACGUCUGCAAAUGCAGCUUCAGCACUUUCAGGCGAAGGCAUCAUUGCCGUCGCUGUGGAAGGACACUAUGCCACGAACACUCGUCAAAUCAAAUGGCUCUACCUCAAUUUGGAAUCUUCUCCAGUGUAAGAGUUUGCGCUGAUUGUUUUAAUGAUUCUAGUUGCUUUUCCAUCAAUCCACAGGCUUCCUCAUAUGGAGUGAAUUCCGUAGCAGAUAAAGUUUCUAGAUUAGACAUUGAUACAGAAACAGAUUCAAAAAUAGAAGCAGCUACCCAGAACAAUUCAGCUGCUGGCGUUAUAGAGUGCAAGUGUGGGAUGCCUUUAUGCAUAUGUGAAGCUCCAGCUCCUACCAUAGAUGCACCUCCCCUACAGAUGAAAACCCCUUCUGCCAGUACUCAGUCAAAUCCAAAACCAAAGAAAACAGAUGCCAUUCCUAAGAACAGAGGUUCCACUUCAAACAAGCAGCCUAGUUCUGUUUUCAAUCAUGGUCAAAUAACAAAUGGCAGUAUUGAUAACCCUCAGAUGGAUUAUGAAGUAAAUGGGGAGGGUUUGAGGGAAGCCAUAAAGAAUGGUGAUACUGCUGCAGUCAAGAAGUUACUCAAUGAGGGGGUUGACGCAAAUUACCAUGACAAGCAAGGUCUAUCUGUACUACAUUUGGCAGCUCUCUUUAACCGAACUGAUAUAACAUUUAUGCUCAUGGAAUCUGGAGCAAGCCUGGACUACAAGAAUGCACAAGGGGAAACUUCAUUGGACUGUGCUCCUGCAACUUUGCAAUACAAGAUGAGAAUGAAAAUGGAAGAACAUGGACAGCAGGGUCCACAUGCCUCUAUUUGAGAGCAGAUGCAUCUUUUUUCUUUUUCUUUUUCCCUUUAACCUGCACAUGCAGCGCAAUGCAGGUUUUCUAUUCCCUUGAGAAAUUGGUCUUUUUUCCUUCAAAUUGCAUGGGUUUGUAUAAUGUAAAUGUGAUUGCUAGCUGAGAAUGUGAACUGCUCAUGGAGUGUCCAAUAGAAUUCUUUCGUUUUCUUUUAAAUUCAAUAAAAAAAUAUUUCUGUUUGUCUC